AUGAAAACAUCGAUUUUUCUGGCAUUUUGUCUACUUUUCAUUGCGAUCGACGCAGCUUCUCUGAAAAAUGAGCCAAAAUUGCGGGCGUUGUGGAAUUUGGAGGAAGUGACCGAGUGCGAGCUGCAUUAUAACGCUCUUGUAAUUCUCAUUUCCUGUGAUAUUUUUAAGUGGAAAUAAUGUAUUUCAGCACUACAACAACUACGGAUGCUGGUGCGGAGUGGGCGGAUCGCAUGAGCCGGUGGACGGCAUCGAUGAGUGCUGCAUGCAUCAUGACAAGUGCUAUGACGCCGCCGUAGACAAUAAGGUACGCGAAUCCGUCGUGCUGUGAUAAAAAACUGCGGAAAUUUGCUCAGGAACGCAAAAUUUGGUCCAAAAGAUGUUUCUGCUGAAAAUUCAGUGUUUCACCAGCUCAAAUUGACCCAGAAUAUUCGAAAUUCGCAAAAAUCCGAUAACUGUUGGCUCCGUUCCUUGAUCAACUUCUCGACACCGUAUUUUCCCACUUUUCAGGUGUGUAUGAACGUGGAAAUCGAAUAUGUGGACGAUUACAUGUGGAAAUGCGCGGAUUCGACAGCAAUUUGCUCAGGUUCGCUCAUUUCCGUGGCAAGACCCAAAAAUGUGUUUACAAGUUGCAGACAAGAACGUCGGUUGCAAAGCGGCGCUGUGUGAUUGCGAUAAAAAGGUGGUGGAGUGCUGGAAGAAGUUUCCGAAGCCGGAGAAGAAGGCGAGAUGCAACCGGACCGCCUGGACGCCCAUCACCCAACAUUUUCAGCAUUAG